CGCGCCCUCUCUGCCGCCAUUGUACUGCGGGCUCCGGGUGAGUGAGGGCCGAGAAGCGAAGCGCCAUCGCGGCCAUCCCGCGUCCCGCAGCCGCACCUGGCCCGCCGCCCGCUCGGUCGCCCCCAGUGCCCUCAGCCUCUGGCUAUAUUUCGGCAUCCAACCGCAGUUUUCUGGGAAAAUACGCCGCAGGAUGGCCGAGGAAUGCAUAGCCGCAGGAGGAGUCAUGGAUGUCAACACUGCACUUCAGGAGGUGCUGAAAACGGCAUACAUCCACGAUGGUUUGUGCUGUGGUCUCCGGGAAGCCGCUAAAGUGCUCGAUAAACGGCAAGCACAUUUGUGUGUCCUGGCAAGCAACUGUGAUGAGGCACAAUAUGUUAAGUUGGUAGAGGCACUCUGUGCUGAACAUCAGAUCAACCUGAUCAAGGUUGAUGACAACAAGAAACUUGGAGAGUGGGUAGGCCUGUGCAAAAUAGACCGAGAAGGGAAACCUCGCAAGGUAGUGGGUUGCAGCUGUGUUGUUGUCAAGGAUUAUGGCAAGGACUCACAAGCCAAGGAUGUCAUUGACAAUUAUUUCAGGGCAAAGUAAUGCAUUUUAUUAAAUAAAAACUUUUAAUAUUA